AUGGCGUGGGGGUGUCGGGGUGUCCCCGCCGUGCUGGCGCUGUGUGCGGCCGCCUGGAGCUGCGCCGCGGGGCCGACCCUGGAGCGUGACCAGCCGUUCCGCGUGCCCCCCGGCUGGACCCAUGGCGGACGCGUGAAGCCCGGCCACGAAGUGCAGCUGACCUUCGCCCUCCGGCAGCGAGGUGUGGGGCGUCUCGCCCAGCUCGUCGAUGCUGUCUCAGACCCCUGCUCACCACGAUAUGGCAAGUACCUGUCCCUGGAGCAGGUGCGGAACCUUGUCCAGCCGUCCCCAGCCACGCUCAUGGCAGUGCUGAAGUGGCUGCAAGGCCAUGGAGUUGAGACCUGCAGGAGUGUUACCACCCUUGAUUUCCUGGAGUGCCGCAUGCCAGCGAGCACGGCCGAGCGCCUCCUGCCAGGGGCUGAGUUCCACCGCUACGUGAAGGGCCAGCACAGUGUUGUGCGCUCCCCGCUCCCCUACGCUGUCCCGGAGGAGCUGGCUGAGCACAUUGACUUUGUGGGUGGCCUGCACCGGUUCCCUGCGGAGAGAAAGGUGGUCAACAGAGCCUGGGCCAAGAGGGAAACGGAGUCAAGGCAGCACAGUGGAGGGAGAGCAGCUUUCCACCUGGGUGUCACGCCUUCCAUCCUUCGUAAAAGAUACAACAUGACGGGAGGAGACAUAGGGCUACUGCCAAACAACAGCCAGGCCUGUGCCCAGUUCUUGGAACAGUAUUUCCACCAGGCCGACCUGGCUGAGUUUAUGCAGCUCUUUGGCAGCAGCUUUGGCCACCGCUCUGAGGUUGACCAAGUGGUUGGGCACCAGGGCAAGGGCAAGGCUGGGCUGGAGGCCAGUCUGGAUGUGGAAUACAUCAUGAGCACGGGUGCCAACAUCUCCACAUGGGUCUUCAGCAAUGCAGGGAGGCACGAGAGCCAGGAGCCCUUCCUGGCCUGGCUGCUGCUGCUCAGCAACAUGUCAUCGCUGCCUUGGGUGCACUCUGUGAGCUACGGGGAUGACGAGGACAGCUUGUCACGAGCCUACAUGGAGCGUGUGAACAUGGAGUUCAUGAAGGCAGCUUCCCGGGGCUUGACCAUCCUGUUUGCCUCAGGUGACGAUGGUGCUGGGUGCAGAAGGGUGCCUGGUGGGAACCACACUUUCCGGCCCAGCUUUCCAGCCUCAAGUCCCUACGUCACCACUGUGGGUGGAACAUCCUUCAAGAACCCCUUCCUGGUGACUGCAGAGGUGACGGACUACAUUAGCGGGGGGGGCUUCAGCAAUGUCUUCCCCAUGCCCGAUUACCAGGUGAGGAUGCGCCUGCUCUGCCGGACGCCGGGGCCCGGAGGGGACCGCGUGGCGCUUGGCAGGGGUGAUGAUGGGCCACAGUCGGCACAGGCAGCCCCGGGGCUGGGCCGCAGGCCAGGGGAAGGAGGGGCAGAGAUGAGCAGGGGCAGAGUCCCGCUGCCAGGCAUCCCACUCCUUGCCUUGCGCUCUCCCCAGGCCGCCGCAGUCAGGCGCUUCUUGCGCUCGGCCUCGAAGCUGCCUCCCAGUUCCUACUACAACAGCAGUGGCCGUGCCUACCCUGACCUGUCCGCCCUCUCUGACAACUACUGGGUGGUGACAAACCGCAUCCCGCUGCCCUGGGUGUCGGGGACAUCGGCGUCCACACCUGUGGUGGGGGGCAUGGUGGCACUCAUCAACGACCGGCGCCUGCAGCGGGGGCUUGCGCCCCUGGGCUUCCUCAACCCUGCGCUCUACCAGCUGCGGGAGCAGGGGCACGAUGCCGCGCUCUACGACGUGAGCUGGGGCGGGGGGGCCGGGGCUGCCAGGGGAGCAGCUGGGUUGGUGCCCAUGGGUGCUGGUGGGGAGGCCUGGGUCUCCUGCUUGGGGUCGGGCAGGGCAGGGCCAGCGGCGUUCCGGGGGGGGGGGGGGGGUAUGCUGCCUUCCCGCGGGACCUGUGUCCCAGAGGGGGUUGGGGGGGGUGUCUCCGCUGCCUUCCUGCGAGGGCGCGGCCAAUGGGGACGUGAAGCCGGUGGUCUCCACGACGCCGCUGGUGGACUUCCUCAUGCAGCUGGAGGAUUACACGCCCACGGUACACGGGAGGCACUGGGGGCAGGCGGCACGCAGGUGACGGGCUGCCACAGGGAGCGGAGUUCCUCCAACUUUUCUCCUGUACAGAUCCCCGAUGCUGUCACGGGCUAUUACCUCAACAGAGCAGGAUUCGAGGCCUCUGAUCCACGCAUCAUUCGUUUGAUCUCUCUGGCCGCACAGAAGUUUAUUUCUGACAUUGCCAACGAUGCACUGCAGCACUGCAAGAUGAAGGGAACAGCCUCGGGCAGCUCCCGCAAUAAGAGCAAGGAUAAGAAGUAUACGCUGACCAUGGAAGACCUGACACCAGCACUUGCAGAAUAUGGCAUCAAUGUGAAAAAGCCACAUUACUUCACAUAAAGACUGAGGGAUUGUCACUGGGAACUUUUUUAGGGUCGCUUCUGUGCCAUUAAACAGCUGGGUAGUUUUUUUU